AUGGCCACCCACCCUGCAAUUCAAAUAACCGGCAUUAAGCAGCCUUUGAAGUUGGUGCAAGUCCCAACCCCAGAGCCCCAGCAAAAUGAGGUCCGAGUCCGAAUAGAAUGGGUGCCGUCCGCACCCUUGGAUGUGUACCAAGUGGAUGCUGGUUUAAUGGUGCAAUUCCCCCAAGGUCUCGGCGACAGCGGUGUAGGUACCGUGGUGGCGAUUGGGCCCGGUGUCGAGCACCUUCGUGUGGGUGAUCAAGUAUUUGGUUUCUUCUUUCACAACGAAAAGGAAAAGGGCCAACAGAUUUACGUGACCGCACCGGAACACCUAUUUGGAAAGGUCCCUCCUAACAUGCCGCUGGCCGCUGUGGCUACAGUACCGACGAAUUUCUGCACCGCAUUUCUGACUCUCUCUGACAAGCUUGGUCUGGAGCUGCCUUGGCCACGCUCCACCGACUUUCUCCCGCAGAAUCAACAUACACCGAUUCUCAUCUGGGGUGCAGCGACCUCCGUUGGCCAAUUCGCAGUCCAGAUCCUCAAGCAUUGGGGCUACACGAACAUCAUCGCAACGGCAUCUUCCAAGCACCACGAAAAGAUCAAGAAGCACGGUGCUAAACAUGUCCUCGACUAUCAAGAGCCCAACGCUGUUGAUUCAAUCCUCAAUAUACUAAACACAGAAAGCCCCGCCAUUCCCAUCCGCGCUUUCGACUGCGUGACCUCAAAAUCCGGAUCCCUGCAACACAUCGCCAAAAUCGCAACUCUGCCGGGCUCAAUAGUAGCCGCUGUUCUUCCUGUGGUUAUCCGCCCUCCUUCCCACAAAGAAGGCGUGCAGCUUUCAGCUGAUGUUAACGGGGAAGCAUCCUGGGUACCUGGUGUGCAGGUCCAUAGCGUUAAUGCUUUCUUGAGAGAUCAUCUGUUCCCAGAAAUCGUUCCCGCGCUCCUUGAAUCUGGCGCGAUUGAACCGAAUCAGUAUCGGGAAAUUGAAGGCGAGUCGCUUUUGCAGAGGGCUUCUACGGCUCUGGAUACCUUGAGAAGUGGUGCUGUUAGUGGUGAAAGACUUGUUUGGAGGGUUUGGAAGAAGGAGGAAUACCCGCAGUAUAAGUAG